UGUCCACUACUACUACUUGUAGCUUCCCUCUUCUCUCUCUCUUCUCAAUACCCCCACAUUCGUUAACUGUACUGUUCGGAUGUGUCCCCGAGCUCCGCCAACGGGGACGGUGUGGAGUCUUUUAGAAAGGAUAACCCUUCAUCGGAAAAAACCAAUACCUGAUCAGCUCGGCCGUUGCUCCGCUCAAAGCAGCAAAUCGCGUCAACAUGGAGACGGUUCCGGCUCCGGUAGCCGAGCCCAUGGUACGAAUGUUGCGUGAUCAGGAAUACUCCACUUCAACACCCAACUUUACUAUUUCACCCUCCCACAAACAACCAGCACCAUGUCCAAGCCCCUAGCCCUCGUCCGCUCCCUAGACCACCUUGUCCUCACCUGCCGCAAUGUCCCCGCCACCUGCCAAUGGUACUCGCAACACCUCGGCAUGACGGUCGAGCGCUUCACGUCCGCAUCCUCUCCCGGCACCGAAAGAGUCGCCCUUAGGUUCGGUACCCAAAAAAUAAAUCUGCACCAGCAGGGCAAGGAGUUCGAGCCCAAGGCCACCACGGCACUGCCGGGGACCGCCGAUUUGUGCUUCCUGCUUGCUGAGGAGAUGGAUUUGGAAGCGGCGUUGAAGGACUUCAAAGGAGAGGGAAUAGAGGUCCUGGAAGGUGGUGAGGUCGUGGAUCGCACGGGUGCGCGGGGGAAGAUUAGGAGUUUUUAUGUGCGGGACCCGGAUGGGAAUUUGAUUGAGCUGUCGAAAUACGCGUGAGAUGCAGUUCAAUACAAGCCUUGCCAUCGUCUGUUCAGCACAUGUUCCUUCCAUACC